GCUACCCUGUGAUCAAUCAGAGUAACAAUUCGAAGUGAUCGAUGGCUCUAGUUUCAGUGAAUGGAAUCAGCAGAGCAGAGGUUUUUUUUGUUGUUUGUUUGUUUUUUAACCAUUUAAUUGUGGUCAGUGGAGGUGUGCAGCAGGCAGUGUAUCUGCUCAGAGUCUCCGCCCUCUGGAGCCGAUCUGCUGCUGCUGCUGCUGGUGGUUGUGGAUCAUGAUCCUCUCAGCUCACUCACUUCUCUCCACUGUUCGCAUACCAAUCUGCUCCACCACUCUGUGAUCGCGCUGCUCGGGGCGGUGGAUUUUAACACUCCGGAGUCCGAAGUCUCCUCCGCGGACAUCGUACUGUAACUGAUCCGCUCUGCUGUCCCUUUUCUUUGUCUUUAAACAACAACAACAGCUUAACACCUCCACUCAAGACAUUUCUCAGUAAAGUGUUGUUCAGUAACGUUUAGGCAGAGAAAACCGUCUCGUCUGGUCACAGCAGGCUGAGGGGCUGAGGCACGGAGCUGCGCUUUCGAGCCCAUGACAAGAGGAGAGCAGAGAAAACAGAGAGAAGUCAUCAGCUUCAUCUGAGCCAAGGAGAGACGCCACAAAUACACAUGGGGCAGGGAGAGGCUUCAGCACGUGGGACAAGUAUGGAGGGCGACUGUCUCAGCUGCAUCAAGUACCUCAUGUUUGUCUUCAAUUUCCUCAUCUUUCUGGGGGGCUCAUUCCUCCUGGGAGUAGGAGUGUGGGUGCUGGUGGACCCCACCGGGUUCAGGGAAAUUGUAGCCGCCAACCCUCUGUUAUUCACCGGCGUCUACGUCAUCCUGGGCAUGGGAGGAAUGCUCUUCCUCCUGGGCUUCCUGGGCUGCUGUGGAGCGAUCCGUGAGAACAAGUGUCUGCUUCUCUUUUUCUUCAUGCUCAUCCUCCUCAUCUUCUUAGCAGAGUUGGCUGCUGCCAUCCUGGCCUUCAUAUUCAGGGAGCAUCUGACCAGGGAAUACUUCACCAGGGAACUGAAAAGACAUUAUCAGGGCUACAACAACACUGAUGUCUUCACCUCCACGUGGAACGCCAUCAUGAGCACAUUUGACUGCUGUGGUGUGAACAGCCCGGAGGAUUUUAAGGACAGCCUGUUCAGACUGAUCAACCAAAAUCAUAUGGUGCCAGAAGCCUGCUGCCUGCGUGCCACUCAGUCUGAGGAGCUGGCCUACAUCAGCAAGGAGCAGUGCUUAUCAGGCAAUAUGAUGUUUCGCCAUAACAAGGGGUGUUACUCUGCUGUAGUUGACUACUUUGAACUGUAUAUCUAUGUGGCCGGAGCACUCGCUAUUGUGGUUCUCACCAUAGAGCUCUUUGCCAUGGUCUUUGCAAUGUGUCUCUUCAGGGGAAUCCAGUAGAGCUGGACCAUCUUUGAAGAAACUUUUUUUUUUUUUUUAGAUUAAAAGAAAGGGAUUUCUGGAGAUGAACUAAAACGGACAUUUGUAAAUUUGUUGGAUUUUCUCUCUAUUGGCUGAUAGGCAGGCAGACACACUUACUAACUCUCGUACUUCACAGCUGGACUUUUGAGGUACUGGAGAUCAAAAACAUAAAAACACACACAUGCACUCGCAUGCCAUCACAAACAAGACAAACCCAUAAAAACGAUCAGACAUGAAACUGAUGUAAAAAGAUGUUUGCUUAGAAACAGUAACUUUUGGACCAGGUCUGCUACAGACUGGUUGUAAAAUUGACCAGGCAUGAGGACCAGGUGACGCCUGAGCAGAAGGCACUGCACUGACUUUUGGAUGAAGAAUAUUUAUAAGUAACGCUGGCAUAAAUGUUGAAAAAAAAAAGUGUUUUAUGUAUACUUUGGCUGUUAAUCCCCCCCGACCCCUCCAACAUACUGUAUACUGUAACACACUCCUCCCUUUUCUACAGCCACUAUUCUUUAAUGCUGUAUUAUAUAUGCUCUGUGUAUGUGUGGAUGGUGUGUGUGAGUGCGUGUGUACAUACUAAAUGUUCUUUUCAAAUGCAUUCGUAAGCAUGUGAGCCUGUAGUUUGUCACGACCCCUCCCAAGCUUGAAACUUCUGAAACUUUUUUUCUAACUGUGUUCGAUGACGUGUUUUGCAGUAGUGGCUUUUAGCCUCUGUGGUUUUAGGUGGUGAACUGUACAGUCAGUGUAGGCAUUUGUAUUAGGUUGUUAAUUCUCCAGUGACAUUAAUGGCAUAUGGAAUCACUGUGUUUCUCUUCAACGGUUUUCACAUCUUUGGGUCGUUUCAAUUGUAUUAGAUGUUCUUUGUUAUUUAGAUAUGUGUUUUGUUUUGUUUUUUAAGUGAGGCUCUGUAAAAAACAUUUCCCACCAAACAUUAAAAAUAACUUACUUGUCAGAAAUGUCAA